AUGGGGUGCUCCGACGCCGCGGCGCAGGUGAGGAGGCGCGGCAGUCAGGCGUCGUGCGCACCCGCGAUCACCGCGUACCGGCACCGCUCACCCGCGCUCACCCGCGCUCACUCGCGCUCACCCGCGCUCACUCGCGCUCACACGCUCUCACCGACGGCCAUGAGCGGCGGCGAGCGCGAGCUGCGCCGCUGGCCGGGCGCGAUGCUGCGCCGCGGCUCUCGGCGGCUGCUGCGUCUCAAGUACCGCGUGCCGCCGGCCGCGCUGCCCCUCGACAUCGACGACACCGUGUCUUGCUUCUGCAGGUGCGCUGCCCAGCCCGCGCCGUUGCCCACGGCCGGGCCGUUUCUCUUAUCCGUCGUUCCCACGGUGCCCACGCCGCGCCGUGCGGAGACUAGUGCUCACAUCCCA